AGGUACACCUUGCCCAGCGCUGCGGCGCAGACACCUUCCUUCUGCGGCAGGCCUUAUCCCGCGGCCUGUGGCUGAGCUGGGCGUUAGGAGUCGGGGGAGCCGUGGGUUGGGUGGCGGACAGACUGUCUAUGGCCGAGGCUGGGGCCCGGGCCAGAUGACGGCCUCCCGCCGUUGACGCAGUCGCUGGCCGCUUACAUCAGUGCAGUCCCCUCCCUCUGCCUCGCCCUCUCCCUCACUUGCCCAGACGUACCAUGGUCUCCGUCAAGUCCGUCCUGUGUAGCAUCGCCAGCCUCUACCUGGGCUGCUUCUCCAUUUUCCUGCUGGUGGACGUUUACGCCCGGCCCACCAACAACUCGGCGGCCAAGAGGGAGAAGUCGGCCGUCGGCAAGGACGAGAACGAGAUCCAGCCGCCGGACCAUGUGAACGGGCUCAAGUUGGAGAAGGGGGGCAACCUCAACAGGGACUUCCACCAGGAGGUCUUCUUGGGCAAGGAGAUGGAAGAGUUCGAGGAAGACUCGGAACCCGUUAGGAACAGGAAAAAGUUGAUUUCCAUAUUUGAAAAGGUUGAUGCCAAUGUUGAUAAGAAAAUUAGUGCAAGUGAGAUGCAGCGAUGGAUUAUGGAGAAAACCGAGGAACAUUUUCAACAAGCUGCUAAAGAAAACAAGCACUACUUCAAAACUGUGGAUCCUGAUGGAGAUGGUCAGGUAUCCUGGGACGAAUAUCGAAUCAAGUUUCUAACAAGCAAGGGGUUUAAUGAGAAAGAAGUGGCAGAGAAAAUCAAGAACAAUGAAGAGCUGAAGAUUGAUGAAGAGACUCAGGAAGUUCUGGAUAAUCUAAAAGAUCGUUGGUUUCAGGCUGACGAGCAUCCUGCAAAUCAGCUCCUGAAUGAGGAUGAAUUCUUGGCUUUUCUCCAUCCUGAGCACAGCCGUGGAAUGCUUACAUUUAUGGUUAAAGAAAUUAUCCGCGAUUUAGAUCAAGAUGGAGAUAAAAAGUUGACUGUGUCAGAGUUUAUUUCUUUACCUGUCGGUACUGUGGAAAACCAGGAGGCUCAGGACAUUGAUGAUGAUUGGGUCAAAGAGAGAAGGAAGGAGUUUGAGGAUGUUAUUGAUGCCGAUAGAGACGGUAUAGUCACGAUGGAAGAAUUAGUGGAAUACAUGGACCCCAUGAAUGAGUACAGUGCCCUGAAUGAGGCCAAGCAGAUGAUAGCUGUGGCAGACGAGAAUCAGGACCACUACCUCGAACUGGAAGAGGUCCUGAAGUACAGCGAGUACUUCACAGGAAGCAAACUGAUGAACUACGCCCAGAGUGUACAUGAGGAGUUCUGAGGGACGUCGAUCCCAUGUUAGAAGAUGCCAUUUGAAAUCUCUUCAGCUUUAUCAACCAGAAAUGCGCUUAACAAAAUAUGCUUUUUACUUUAUUCCCAUUGUGUCAAUACAAUUUCUCUUGCAUUUGGAUGGAGCUCCUUAACCAUCAAGCAGUAACAUUGCCUUGUGUAAAAUCUCCUUGAAAAGCCAGCACAGUGGAAACUCCAAUACUCUGCUUUCUGAAGGACUGUGGAGUGUGGUUGCUGGAGCAGAGUUCAGGGACCAGUGGGUAUAAGUCUUGCAGUGCUUCAUGGGGCUCCACAAAGGACUCCUGCCGAGUUAAAAUGACUCCAGCUAAGCUGACUUGUAACUGUACCUGAGUGAAUUUAGUUUAUCUUGGCUAUAGAUGCUUUGUCACUCGUAUGGAAUGCUAACUGCCACUAGUCUGAAGUGUAGUGUUUCCACUUGAGUGGCUCUACUGUCUGCACCUGGAGCUGAAGUCUGACUACUACUUUUGUUCUUUAUAGCAAAAGAAAUUCUUCAAUUCGUGCAGUUUCUCUAAAAGUUGCCCUUAGAUUUCCGCAGUGGAUCUUGCAAUCCUCUGUAAAGUCUGCAGGAAGCACUGAGUAACUUGUUGAGGCUAUGAGGCUCCCAACCAUGAUCGCUAAUUAUACUGUAACAGCUUGAGCUUUCUCAUGGCCAUCACCUAAAGGGUGGAUAAUCAUUUCCCUGCCCCCUUGUUGGUUGGUUGCCUUUUUUUUUGAAAUUGUAGAAACUUGUGUAGCAGUAAAUACAAGAUGAGUUUUACCCAAACUUCUUUACUGAGAAGAUAGUGGCAGUGUGGAUCUGGCUGCCAGUGGGCACGGGUUCGAUUGUAAUAUUUGAGAGAAGUUUAGGUGAAGAAUUUGGAUGGAAGGAGUGUGGAGGACUGUGGUCAGAAGCAGGAGAUAGGACUAGGCAGAAUGACAGUUCAGCACAGGCAAGAUGGGCUGAAGGGCCGCUUUUUGUGCCGUAGUACUCUUUGGAUUCAUGACUCCUGGUGGCUUUGGGUGUGAUAUCAUGCUAAAUUGUCCAAUCUAUGAAUAAGCAAAACAAUUAACUUCCUAUCUGCUUCUGUUGCCAGCUGGGAAUUUUGUAAUGGUUACUGUAAGCUUAUGUGAAGGCUAUUCUUUAAAAAAAACACGAAUCCGCGUGUUCUUUUGCAGUCAAUGCAGCUAUCUCAACAAAAACCUUCCUGAACUUUGUGCUGGGUGAUUUUCUGAAUAAUCAUGAUGACUAUUUACGCAAGCUUUCUUUCCAAAGAAUUAUGUUUGCAUCAGCUGCUCACUAAUUUUCUGAUCUAGCUUUAUAGAAUGCUGCUUAUUAGGAUUAAUCUAGCAAAGAAGCUAUGGGUGACUGAGUUGCAGCAUCAUUUGGUGUGACGCAAUAACGUAACACAGUGCCAGUGACCUGGGUUCAAUUCCCGCGGCUGUCUGUAAGGAGUUUGUACGUUCUUCCAUGACCGCAAGGGUUUUCUCUGGGUGCUCUGGUUUCCUCCCACAUUCCAAAGAUGUACGGGUUAGCAGGUUAAUUGGUCACAUGGGUGUAACUGUGCAGCGAGGGCUCGUUGGGCCGUUCGGGCCUGUUACUGUGCUGUAUCUCUAAAUAAAGAAUUCUUUCAGGAGAAAUUGGUUCACUGAUUCUCCCUUUGUAAUGACCAUUCAAUUAAUGUGUUAAAUAGUCUUCGCAUUGGAUUCAGUAACUUAAACUUGGUCUCUUUGAGCCUGACUUUGCUUUUGUAGUUGAUAUUUAUUGCUUAAGUGAAAUCUGUUUGCUGCAAAUACACUUAAUAAAGUCAUGAAUCGGAGUUACAGUAGGAAUCUUGUUUUUAAACAGGUAUUUGAAAAUUACUUAGUGGAAGUACCUGACUACUGUAGCGCCACAUCCAACCCCACUUUGAGAUGCUUUUGUCCAGUUUGUCAUUGGAAAAAAAUGAAUGUUUCCACCGUGCAUAGUUCUCUUGCUGAACCGUGCUUUCUGAGUGGCUCACCAAACCAUUUUAGUGCUAAGGACCCAAACUUGAUGGCGGUGGUGUGAAUCUUUAACUUCUACAUUACUGAAAAGAAUAUAAGUAUUUGAAAUUAUAGGAUGACUUGAGGCUGACUUAUUCAGGACCAAAGCCAAAUUAUCUUACCAGAUUAGCAGAGCAAAGCAAGCAAAAGCAGGAGGAGAAACUAAAUUACAAAUGCACGCACACACUCACGCAAAAAAUGCCGGAGGAACUUGGCAGGCCAGGCAGCAUCUAGGGAAAAGAGUGCAGUCGAAGUUUCAGGCUGAGACCCUUCAUCAGGAGUCUCAGUCCCAAAUGUCAACUGUACUCCUUUCCGUGGAUUCUGCCUGGCCUGCUGAGCUCUUCCGGCAUUUUGUGUGUGUUGGUUGGAUUUUUCAGCAUCUACAGAUUUUCUCUUGCUUUUAGAGAAGCUAAAGAGUUCAUUCAAUUAUGAAAAGGGUGAACACACCUAAUGUUGCUUUUCAAACAUGUAAUAAUAAAUGAAAAAUCAGGAGGUUUCAGGUAAGUAAAGUCAGGAAUUAAAUAUGACAGCUAAAGAUAUUGAUUGCUUUUUUUCAUGAUGGGUUAUAGAGAUUGCAGUUUGUAGACUGGAACAAUUACUCUCAACGUGUUCCAUAUUUUGUUUCCUUCUCUGACAGCACUACUCUACUACUUUUAAUGUGAUCAUCUGUCUGGUAGUCCUUCAUACAAUCAGCACAACCCAUUGUAGAUAGGUCUAUUUGACUACCUUCAUUUUUUUCUUGUUGAGAUUUUCUGAUGUAGCCCAUCCCCAGUGUCUUCAGUUCUCAUCCAGCACAUAUUGUCCCUGGCCUAGAAAAUUCUCCAGGAAAGUAGUGAGACUCAUUCAUUGGUGUAGAGGGCAAGGAAGGACUAAAAUCUUGAGCUAUAUAAUUGGUCUCACCCUAUUACAGAUAUUCUCUUUAUUCUUUUCAUCAUCUUGUCUGCAAAUUAAACUUUCUUUUCUCUCUCUUUCUUAGUUCUGACAAAGGGUCUCUGGCCUGUAGUGUUAAUUUUAUUUAUCUUUCCACAGAUUUCCAACAUCUAUAGCUUUUUUUUAAAAACUUAAUCUACUUAAAUUCUACAAUCCAGACAGGCAGUGCUGAAGAUGUUGAUGAAGUUUAUGUUUAAAAAUUAACAUAAAAAUCCUGAGUUAUUUAUUACAAAGUCAAUGCCACUAGCUGAAUCUUGUCCUUGACAUUUGCUCUUGUACAAAGAGUGAAAAGCCUAUUGGUGGAUGUUUUAUAAAAUAUUAAAUCUUUAUUUUAAAUUGAGUAUUUUGUGCAUUGAUGUUCAUGCUGAUAAAUCUAUAAAUCCAUAUAGUGAAUAUUGAGAUAAUGCUGUAUUGUUUUAUAUUCACUCAAGAAGCUGCAGACUUUUGUCAUUACAUUAAAACGUCCUCAAUUUAUGACCAGGAGCAGCAUUUAUUUAAGAAGUGUGCUCACACACCUUAGCAUCCAAUUUGCAGUAAAUCUUCUUGGGUAAAUAGUUUCUUUGCUAGAAAGUUAGCUGAGUAUUUUUUCCUUAAGGCUAAAGGAGCAUGCAAGCAUUUAAAAAUACAGAGCUGAGAAUUUUGUACUGAAAAGCAUUUGUCGUUCUAUUAUUGUCAUGUAUAAUUCAUCGUCAUUUAUAAUGGCAACUGUAUGGUGCAUUCCUUUAAAUGUUGCAUUGUUUGUUUUGUGGCAGCUUCUUGAGAAUGAACAUUACUCUCCAAUAAUUUGGUUUAAAGUGCUUGCAUUCUAGGGAAAUGAUUACAAUGGUUAUUGUCUGAUGUAUCUAUAAAUCGGUACUUUCAUCAACAAGUUUCACGCCUGUUUUGCUUCUUUGCUGUAAUAUCUGACCAGAAGAGUUAUUAAAAAUUUCUUCAGGCAAUAAAAUAGGAAUGAGAUGGCAA